AUUGGUGGGAGGGAGAGUAGUCAUCAAACGCUAUGUUUCCUUUAGAAAAAAAAAGUUUAAUCAAUGAAAAGAUUUUGAUAUUUUAUAGAGAAUUCGACAAUGUUGACUCUGAUAAUUUGGAAAUAUAUUUCACAAAAGAAAACGAAUUUAAUGCAAGGACAAUUGUUGAAUUACUAUUUCCAGAAUGUCAAGAUAUGCACAAUUUGUGUAUAGCUCUAAACUCUUUCAAAUAUGAAGACUUCGUCAAAUACCAUUCUGCAAUGCUUCCAAUACACAAAUGUGCCGAAAUAUUGGUUCACACUUGGGGAAAUCCAUAUUUUUCUUCUUCUGGCUUAAUGUGGAUGGGUGUGAAUAGCAAAUUCUUUUAUGAAAAUAUGAUGUCUGUAGGUACCUGCAAAUAUGUGGAACAUAUACUUUUAAUGACCUCACUUCUAGAAAAUGCCCUAUCUAAUAUAUACUAUACCGAAACCAAGGGUAAACAAGCACCACAUUUAUUAAAAGAUUUAAUAAGUACUCCGGAAGUGGAAAGAGUAUUCGAUACAGAAUUGAUUAUUCUACUGAAAAUACUAAUGGGCAUACCAAAUUCUAUAAACUUACGAAAUAUUGUAUGGCAUGGAUUCCCAAAGCCUUUUGAAAUCCCUCUCUAUUAUGAGUGUGUAUUAUUGAUCAUGAUACACACCUUGGGCCAAAGGGUUAAGGCCAACAAUUAUGUAAUCAACGAAAGGCCUUUGAUAAGGGAUUUUACAACACCACUAGACAACAUUACAAAUGAAAUCAAGAUGCCGAUAAAAAAUAUAAGCUUUUAUGAGGAAAAAAUCAUGGAAAUCGAGAACGAUUUCGCCCAGGAUUAUGUGCCUUUUUGGCUGCAACUGUGCUCACAUUAUAGAGAUAAUAAUAAUUUUCAUUUUAUAAUGUUGGCUAUGCCUCAAAUAGAAUUGCUGCUUAGAUUGCAUUACAGUCACAUCAAUGGCGUAGAUGUAAGUGCUAAAUUGCAUGAGUACUAUAUAACAAUGGAUACAAUAUUCGAAACGGAGGUAGCUAGUAACAGAACUACUAGUAAUACCAACGAGGAUCAGCAGAAAUUUUUCAAUAAACUAUUAGACUUUGCAGCUUAUCCACAAUUCCAAGGUACUUUUCAUUUGAUAUAUGACAUAUUUCUUUGCCCAAAUGGUUGUCGACUAAGAGAUAAAGUUAGCCAUGGUGAGGUUUAUUGGCAAGCUCUCCAAAAUUCCCAACUAGCAACUGUGGUGUGUCAUAUAUUUCUGAAUUUAUUAACCCCUUUAACCUGUAACACUUUGGAAAAUUACGAGAGUAAUUUACAUUUGAAUUGUUUGAAUAAGAAACUUUUCUUCAAAGUCAAAAACAAAUUACUAGAGUUCGCAUCAAAUUAUAACUUGCCUUCCAACCACAUCAUUGCCACAAAGGAAACUCCAAAAAGUAAAGUUUUAAUAUUUAAACGGCCUCGCAAGGAAUCCGAGUUAAUGCUUUUGAUCAAAUCGAUAAUGGAUAAUGUACUUCAAACUUUGGAAAACUAUGAAAGAUCUAUGGCAAAACGUCUAGUAUUGCAGGCACAACAUGAAUUGCACUCAAAACGAAGAAAGACUUUGGAAAAGUUACAAAAUGCUUUACCUCAAAUAUUUGGCACCUUGAUGAUCUUGGUUAACGCUUCAAAUAUUUUAUAUAAUUUAUUACAAAACAAUUACGAGCUGGUAUUGCAGGAUGAUGCGAAAUAUUCUAAAACAUUAAGAUUUCUUAAGCAUGCAAGGACCAUAGCCGAAAACUUAGUAAGAUAUUCACAUUAUCAAAGCAAUGAGUGGAUCAAAUCUUUAGAGCUUUGUGAUAAAUUUCAAGAAAUCUAUAACAAAUUGUUUCUAUAUAUGGAAUGAUUUUUACUGUACCUGUCUUGCUCCUGUGAUAUUAAAGUAUGCAAAAAAAAAAUAACUUACAAAACUUA